CCCCCCUCUACACAAAUCAGCGACAUCGCCUUUCCUGAUAUAAACCUCCCCCUCGACCUGCUGGUCACCCUUCUCGCUCCAGUCACGCACUCAUCAACAACCGACCGCCAACAGGAUCUCUUGUGCCAUUAUCUCAAUCCUGUCUAUCGGCACGCCGACACAAUGGCUGCUCCUCAAGUUACCAACAAGACCUCCGGAGGCAAUGCCGCCUUCCACAACUUCAAUAAUGACUUUGCACACAUUUCCGACCCCAACGAGCGACGACGACUCGCCCUCGCUGAGAUCGACAAGGCCCCUUUCGGAUGGUACCACGUCCGCGCCUGUGUCGUUGCUGGUAUCGGAUUCUUCACGGAUUCCUACGAUAUCUUCGCCAUUAACCUGGUGACUGCCAUGCUGGGCGUUGUUUUCUUCAACGACAGCAAAUCCAAGGGCACGAUCCCCACCAACUCCGAUACUGCCAUCAAGGUCGCUACAUCCGGAGGAACGGUGCUCGGCCAGCUGGGCUUCGGUUAUCUUGCAGACGUCGUCGGACGAAAGCGCAUGUACGGACUCGAGUUGAUCAUUAUCAUCUUCGCAACCCUCGCUCAGGCUCUCUCUUCUUCCUCCCGCGCCAUCUCUAUCACUGGUAUCAUCAUCUUCUGGCGUGUUCUCAUGGGUAUUGGAAUCGGUGGUGACUACCCGUUGUCUUCCAUUAUCACAUCUGAGUUCGCGACCACCAAAUGGAGAGGUGCCAUGAUGAACGCUGUCUUUGCCAUGCAGGGCAUCGGCCAGUUCGUUGCGGCCAUCAUCGCCUUGAUCGUUACUGCCGGCUUCAAGGAGUCGCUUCUCCUCGGCACCAAGGCUUCCACGUGCAAGGGUGACUGCCAGCUUGCCGUUGACAAGAUGUGGCGUGUGAUUGUCGGAUUCGGUGCCGUCCCAGGCUGUAUCGCGCUCUACUACCGUCUGACCAUCCCCGAGACUCCUCGCUACACUUUCGAUGUCGCUCGUGAUGUCGAGAAGGCCGGAGAGGACGUCAAUGCCUACAUGCACGGAAAGGCCGAGGGAAACCCAGAUGAGAUCCGUCGUGUCACCGCCAUGGCUCAAGAUGCCCCCGCUCUCGAGAUCCCCAAGGCCUCGUUCCGCGACUUCUGGGGUCACUACAGCCAAUGGAAGUUCGGCAAGGUUCUCUUGGGCACGGCAGGCUCAUGGUUCUUCCUCGACGUUGCCUACUACGGUCUCGGUCUUAACAACUCCAUCAUUCUGUCUGCCAUCGGUUGGUCCGGCGGUUCCACCAUGUACGAGAUCUUCUACCGCAACGCAGUCGGCAACUUGAUCCUGGUCUGCGCUGGCGCCAUCCCCGGCUACUGGGUCUCCGUCGCAACCAUUGACACCCUUGGCCGCAAGCCCAUCCAGAUCGGCGGUUUCACCAUGCUCACCAUCCUCUUCAUCGUCAUCGGCUUCGCGUACAACCAGCUGUCCGGCCACGCCCUUCUGGCUCUGUACGUCCUCGCGCAAUUCUUCUUCAACUUCGGCCCCAACAGCACCACCUUCAUCGUGCCCGGCGAGUGCUUCCCCACCCGCUACCGCUCCACCUCGCACGGCUUCUCCGCCGCCUCCGGCAAAGUCGGCGCCAUCAUCGCGCAGUGCGUCUUCGGUCCUCUCCGCACCCGCGGUGCCAAGGCCGGCGCAACUGGCAAGGCUGCCUCCCCCUGGCUCAACCACGUCAUGCAGAUCUUCGCCCUGUUCAUGCUCUGCGGUCUCUUCAUCUCCUUCCUGAUCCCGGAGACGAAGCGCAAGACGCUCGAGGAGUUGGCCGGCGAGGUCCCUGGAACACCGAACUAUGAUCCUACGCUCCACGCGGGUCGGGGGUAUCGCGCUGGCAGCGAGGAGGUGGAGAGUGAUGGGAAGGAGACGGCGGGAGAGACGGCUGUCUAGAUAAAUAGACGCGCGCUUUCUUUCUUUUAGAUGUAAUUAAUUUUAGGGGGAUGUGCAUUUACAGUGGGGAUGGACGGUGCAUUGCAUUGCAUUGCAUUCCUUGCGGGGUAGGUAGGAAGAUAGAUACCAUGGGAUAUAAUAUAGGGAUGAGAAGAGAAGGGGUCACUGGCUGGCUAUGGUACACAUGUACAUGGAUGGCAUAGAUGCAUAUAAAUUCUACGACCGCUGGUGUCAAUACAUCUUCCUGGU